AUGAAGUUCAUCAACGCUCUUUUGCUUUCUCUUGCCGCUUCGGUUGUCUCCGCUGCUCCUGCUGCUACUCCAGUGGAUGAUGGCUCUGUCUCAGUUCCAACCGAAGCCAUCUUGGGCAGAAUCGAUCUUAACCCAGAAGAAUUUCCCUAUAUUGUAUCUGACGGUGAAAAUACCUCAAUUGUGUUAUUCAACACCACAAUCUUGGACGAGGCAUACUCUGGCGUUACGAAGAGAGACGCUGAGCCAUGGGGAUGGAUCAAGUUCUUCCCCGGCCAGCCAAUUGGAAAGAGAGAGGCCGAUGCUUCUCCUUGGGGAUGGAUUAAGUUUUUCCCUGGCCAACCUAUUGGCAAGAGGGAUGCUGAAGCUGAGCCUUGGGGCUGGAUUAAAUUCUUCCCAGGUCAACCAAUUGGUAAGAGGGAUGCUGAGGCCGAACCAUGGGGCUGGAUCAAGUUUUUCCCUGGUCAGCCAAUCGGCAAAAGAGAGGACUAG